AUGCGUUUACCCGACCACGGAUUCGCACUGAUCGCUGCAGAUGCACGCGUUUUCGUCGACGAGUUGUCGACAAACAAGAUGAUGUCAACGAUGGUUGUUCGCAAACUGUUUUUAGGCAAGCGGGAGAAACAACUGCAGUCCAUUAAAAGUGAAAAGGUUGCCGAAGACAAUAGCAACAUGCAAAUGGAUUCUGGAUUCUUGUCUGGUGCCAAUUUGUCUUGUGAUAUUAUGUUAUCCAAAGAGAAUAUUGAAGACGACAUCAAGCACAAAGAGCUCCUCAACGAUAAACAGCAGAAGGAAACAACAAAAAUAACAUUGGACAGUGGCGUGGAUAUCUGUGUAACAGACGAUUUGGGUGAUUUGAAUAUUGACCGGGAACCCUAUCACAAAAAUGUAUGGCGAUUUUAUUUUCAACAGAAUGACGAUGGUGACACGCCACUUCAUCUUGCUAUUAUCCAUGGAGAUAUCCAAUUAUCAAAACGCUUAAUUGAUAUUUGCCCAGAUUCCAAAAUUUUAGAUAUACGAAAUGAUGAUGGCCAAAAUGCUCUUCAUUCCAAAGAGAAUAUUGAAGACGACAUCAAGCUCAAAGAGCUCCUCAACGAUAAACAGCAGAAGGAAACAACAAAAAUAACAUUGGACAGUGGCGUGGAUAUCUGUGUAACAGACGAUUUGGGUGAUUUGAAUAUUGACCGGGAACCCUAUCACAAAAAUGUAUGGCGAUUUUAUUUUCAACAGAAUGACGAUGGUGACACGCCACUUCAUCUUGCUAUUAUCCAUGGAGAUAUCCAAUUAUCAAAACGCUUAAUUGAUAUUUGCCCAGAUUCCAAAAUUUUAGAUAUACGAAAUGAUGAUGGCCAAAAUGCUCUUCAUUUGGCUGUUAUGACAAAUCAAUGUGAAAUUGUGAAACUCCUAAUGAUGGCUCAUGCCAAUGCAGAAAUAUUAGAUUAUAAAGGCAAUACAGCUGUUCAUUUGGCAUGUUAUGAUGGAAAACUAGAUUGCCUGAAAAUAUUUGCUAAUUACGUAUCACUGCCAAAAAUAUUUAAUAUUAUUAAUUAUGAUGGUUUGGCAUGUAUUCAUAUUGCAACAAUUGCUAACCAUCCAAAUCUACUUAGAUUUAUUGUUAAUAAUUCAAAAAAUGUGAAUAUCACGGAUCAUAAAAGCGGAUAUACGGCAUUACACUUUGCUGUAGCUCUUAAUAGAGCUAAUCUAAUUGAUUGCUUAAUAGACAAAGUCGAUCCAAACAUUGAGAGUUAUGCUGGAAAAUUAGCAUUUGAAGUUGAUGAUGAAGAAGAUGAAGAUGAUGAAGAAGAAGAUUAUGAUGAAGAUAAAGAAUAUAGUGAAAUUUCUGACGAUAUUAUGAAAUCGGUGAAUGCACUUCAGUUACCUAAUAACAGUUCAAUCAAGUGUUGA